AUGAACUUCACUUGUGCAUCCUGCAGGCAUCGGUGUCUGCGGAAGACGGCGACGGUGUUCGUGCUGAACCUGGCGGCGGCGGACCUGGGGAACUCCCUCAUGCAUUCCAUGGCCUCCUACUCCUCCUUCAAGCACGGAUGGCAAUUUGGGAAUAUAGGAUGCAGAUUUUACGCCGGGAUGGUGGGGCUAUUCGGUCUGGUGUCCAUCAUGACUCUUUCCGCCAUCGCCGUGGAGAGAUGCCUCGUCAUCGCUCCGCCUUCCUCGAAAUUCCCCAAACUCACGCCACGAAUCGCCAAGAAGGUGUGCUUCGGGAUCUGGUUCUACAGCCUGGCCCUGGUGAUUCCCCCAUACUUGGGAUGGAGCGACUACGUCCCCGAGGCGUUCCUCACGUCCUGCACCUGGGAUUUCUACACCCGGACCCUGAUUAACCGGGCGUAUUAUAUCUUUCUCCUCUUCUUCGGAUUCGUCGUUCCCAUCUCCAUCAUCUUCGUGUCUUACCUCUCCAUACUCCGAAUGUUCCGACAAGUCAAAAAGGAGACAGCAGAGGCGAUGGAGACUGAGGGCGAACCCAAACAGGGGGAAGCGCAAAAACGCACCGAGUUCUGGGUGGCCAAGAUCAUCUUCACCCUCAUCGUCUUAUUCCUGGUCUCCUGGACCCCGUACACGAUCGUCAGCUUCAUCGCCAUCUUCGGGGACAUCGAGCUGAUCACCCCCUGGGUCUCGGCCGCUCCUGUCGUCUUCGCCAAGGCGUCCGUCGUCUACAACCCCAUCGUGUACGGGAUCUCCCACCCGGCGUUCCGCUUCAACCUCAGGCGGAGGCUCAUCAAGAUCCUGAGCGCGAACAUGACAGAGGACGGAAAGGAGGACUUCCCACCCUCGUCCUCCGAUGAGUCUCGCCUCCGACGCUGCAACGCCAGGCGAUUCUCCCACGAAUCUUCCACUGUUCGUACCGAUCGGAUCCUGAGUUCUUCUGGAGACUAUCGCCGCGAGGCGAGCAGUUCCGGCCACGACCCAGUCGCGUCCUGCCACGGCAAUGGCUCCAACCGCAGCCACGGCGGCAAGAAUAUGCGAUUUGGGGGUCGCGACCGCCAGCCUAGCACCAAGAGUCCCUCGGGAAGGGAGGGCAAAAAUAAUCCUCAGACCAAAAGAGAGGAGGAUUCCGUGAUGAUCGGGGAUAAUUACAUUCUGGUGAAUUGCGUCGAGAACGGACAGGCCGUCAUCCGCAUCUCCAAGAGGGAAGGCCAUCAAGAAGAUCUUACGCCUGGAGUUUUGGACAGCAAUCAGCUUCUCUUGAUGCUCCUUAAUGCUCUACAAAGGAAUGAGAAUCCGCACACAGUGAACGCGCCUGUAACUGACGCGGGGAUCGAGGCCCUUGACAGAGAUUCCUGAACAGGUGAGUUCAGAUGUCUCAUGUUUGUAAAAUAUUUAUUUCCGAGGUGUACCAGUCGAAAUAAGAGUAAAUUGAG